AUGGCUGCCAAAGAUUGUCCAUCGUUGUGGGGCUUGGGAACAACAAAAACAUUUAAAAUUCCCGUUGAACAUUUGGAUUUCAAAUAUAUUAAAAAAUGUUCAGAUGUUAAACACUUGGAAAAAAUUUUUUAUGUGCUCAGGUCUGGUGAGGAAGGGUAUUAUCCUGAACUUACAGAAUUUUGUGAAAAGCGCCUCAAAAGCUUGGCUCCUCAAAGUAGAGCCUUGAGGAAAGAUAAGCCUGCUGCAACAGCAGCCAGUUUUACAACAGAAGAAUGGGAAAAAAUUGAUGGUGACAUAAAGAGUUGGGUGUCAGAAAUUAAAAAAGAAGAAAAUAAAAUACACGUCCAUGACACUGAAACAUUUCCAGCCAUGGGAGAUAAUUUGCCUCCAGUUCGUGGUUCAAAUAGCUGUCUUCCUAUUGGCAAGAAAAAGAAUUCUAAAAGUAAACCAGCUAAAAAGAAAAUUCCAAGAGAUUAUGCAGAAUGGGAUAAAUUUGAUGUGGAAAAGGAAUGUUCAAAAAUUGAUGAAGAUUACAAAGAAAACAUUGUAACAAACAAGGCACAUUUAUCUAAAAUUGAGACAAGAAUAGACACAGCAGGUCUAACUGAUAGAGAAAAGGAUUUUCUUGCAACUCAUGAAAAGGAAAAAGGAAAUGAAGCUUUCAACUCAGGGGAUUAUGAAGAGGCUGUGAUGUAUUAUACUAGGAGUAUAUCAGUGCUUCCUACUGUGCCUGCAUAUAACAAUCGAGCUCAAGCAGAAAUCAAAUUACAGAAUUGGAAUAGUGCUUUUCAGGACUGUGAAAAAGUCUUGGAGUUGGAGCCUGGAAACCUAAAGGCUCUUCUGCGCCGUGCCACUGUGUGGAAACAUCAAAACAAGCUCCAGGAAGCUGUAAAAGAUUUGAGGAAAGUACUGGAUGUUGAACCUGAUAAUGAUUUGGCAAAGAAAAUCUUGUCAGAGGUUGAAAGAGAUCUGAAAAAUGCUGAAUCUGUAUCUAAGACUCAAACCAAAAGAAAAAGGAUGGUUAUUCAGGAAGUAGAAAACUCCGAGGAUGAAGAUGGAAAGGACGGUGGAAGAAAACAUGAAGAAAGCAGUGGCGACAAGAAACUAGCACAAGAGGCGGGAGCCGGGCGCGCUGGUGAGCCGUGCGCCAUGGGCAACAUCCAGAAGAAGUUCACUGGCAAACGUGAGGGCAGCAAGCGGCCGGAGAGGGGCGCGCCGCGGCGAGGACGACCUCCAGUGCCCGGCGCGGACAAGCAGGGCCGGCCGCCGGCUCCUACGGCGCUGGUGGCGGCGGCGGCGGCGGGCGGCGCCAACGGACAGCCCGGCAGCGGGCGGGACGCUGGGGAAUCCACCGCUACCGAAUCGCCCCCCACUCCCGCCGGCCUGAAGAGCCAGGGCAACGAGCUCUUUAAAAACGGGCAGUUCGCGGAGGCGGCGCUCAAGUAUUCCGCGGCAAUAGCGCAGCUGGAGCUUGCAGGAAGUGAAAGUGCAGAUGAUCUAAGUAUCUUAUAUUCAAAUAGAGCAGCAUGUUGGCUAAAAGGAGGAAACUGCAGUGGCUGCAUUCAGGAUUGUAACAGGGCUCUGGAACUUCAUCCGUUCUCAAUCAAACCUCUUCUGCGACGAGCAAUGGCCUAUGAAACUUUAGAGCAGUAUCGGAAAGCGUAUGUGGAUUACAAAACAGUGUUGCAGAUAGAUUGUGGAAUCCAGAUAGCAAAUGACAGUAUUAACAGAAUAACAAGACUUUUAAUGGAUCUGGAUGGACCCAACUGGCGAGAGAAGCUGUCACCCAUCCCAUCUGUGCCCACUUCUGCCCAGUUGCGAGCUUGGCAUCCUGCUGCAGAGACAACCUCAGCCCAAGCAGGAGAUUCCAGCAGCCAUCACCAACCAGACAUCCCAGAUGAAAAAAUGUUUAGAACCCUAAAGGAAGAAGGAAAUCAAUGUGUAAAGGACAAAAACUAUACAGAUGCCAUUAGUAAAUACAGUGAGUGCUUAAAGAUUACCAGGGAAUGUGCCAUAUAUACAAACAGAGCUCUCUGUUACUUGAAGCUGUGUCAGUUUGAAGAGGCAAAGUAUGACUGUGACAAGGCUCUUGAGAUGGAUGACGGGAACGUGAAAGCUUACUAUCGACGAGCUCUGGCUCAGAAAGGACUCAAGAAUUAUCAGAAAAGUUUAAAUGAUCUCAAUAAAGUUCUCCUAUUAGACCCAAGUAUUGUUGAGGCAAAGAUGGAACUGGAAGAGGUAACCAGAUGCCUUAAUAUUAAGGGCAACACAGCAUCAUUCAACAAAGAAAAGGAGAGAAGGAAAAUUGACAUUGAGGAGGUGAGUGAAGGCAGUGCAGAGGUGACUGGAAUAACCUCGCCCAAGGUCUCCAUUGACUGCCUCGCUUCUGAAAAGGGAAAUGGAAGCAGUGGGCCACCAGAACCCUGUGAAAAACUACACAUCUGCAAGCCUAAUAAUGCCUAUGAAUUUGGUCAAGUUAUAAACGCUAUAAAUAGUAGGAAUGAUAAAGAAGCUUGUGCAGAGCUUUUAGCCGUCACUGAACCGAAAGAUUUGCCAGCAUUGUUGAGUAACAAACUCGAAGGGGACACAUUCCUCCUCCUCAUUCAGUCUCUGAAACAUUGUCUUACUGAUAAAGAUCCCUCAUUGGUCUAUCAGCAUCUUUUAUAUCUGAGUAAAGCAGAAAGGUUUAAGAUGAUGUUGACAUUAAUUAGCAAGGGCCAAAAGGAACAAAUUGAACAGCUAUUUGAUGACCUUUUAAACACAUCAAGUAACCAGUUUACUUUAGAAGAUUUGCAGGCCCUGAGAAGGCAGUAUGAGCUUUAA